CCGCCACCGCCGGCCAGAAUCAAAGUUCAAACCAAUGAGCCGCCAUGCCCGCAACGUCCGGCUGUGGCUCUCCGUCAAGUCCUCUGACCCCAUCCUCCUAUGGCAAAGACCCAUUUGCAGCGGCGCCAGCACAGGCCCUUGUUUGUCGUCCGACUCCAACCAAUUAGUUGGCACCCUCAUCUCCAUCUUCACCAAACAACCCUUUUCUCAGGACGCCCCGGAGCUUCGAAAUCUUGCCUCGACCCUCACCACCAGAGUUGUCGAGUCAGUCCUGAAUCGGCUCAAGAGCUGGAAAGUGGCGUUAGAGUUCUUCAGUUGGGCGUCGAGCCAAAGCGGGUACAGGCACAACUGCUAUACCAUCAAUGCCAUGGCUGCAAUCCUGUCACGUGCUCGACGAAAUGCAGAAAUGAAGACUCUUUCUUUGUAUUUGGUAAAUUCACAGUGCUCGAUUUCCCCGGGCGCUCUGGGGUUCUUUAUCAGGUGUUUGGGGGAUGUGGGGAUGGUCGAGGAGGCCAAUGCAGUGUUUGAGCGGGUCAGAGAUUCGGGCCUCUGUAUACCGAAUAAUUAUGCCUACAACUGUCUGUUGGAGGCUAUUUCUCAUUCUGAUAAGGUUGAUAUUCUCGAGGCAAGAUUGAAGGAGAUGAGAGACUCGGGGUGCGCUUUGGAUAAGUUCACUCUGACCCCUGUCCUGCAGAUGUACAGCAAACUUGGGAGGAUCGAAUCGGUAAUGGAGAUUUUUGAUGUGAUGAGUGAUCGAGGUUGGCUAGAUGGGCAUGUGCUCUCCAUAGUGGUGAUUUGUUUCAGCAAGUUGGGUAUGGUCGAUAGGGUCUUUGAGUUGAUUGAAAGGAUGGAGAGUCAAAACAUUAGGCCGAAUGAAAGGACUUUCCACACGUUGAUUCAUGGGCUCAUGAAGGAUUCUAGGCUGGAUGCCGCCCUUGAGCUUUUCGAUAAGAUGAAGAGAUCAGGCUUCACUUCUGACAUAUCCAUCUAUGACGUGAUCAUUGAAGGGCUAUGUAAAAAUGGACAGCUCAAGAGCGCUCUGAGCUUGUAUUUGGAGAUGAGGGAGUCUGGGAUUCGGCCUGACUCGGUGUUGCUCAUGAAGCUCUCAGGCUUCUUCUCUGAAGAGCAGAUAAUCCAAUUGCUUGAGGAAUUUCCUGAAGGAAUGGACGCUAAAGCGGUGACCUUGUAUUACAAUUUGUUGCUAAAUCUAUACGUUAAAAACGGUUUAGUAGAUAAAGCUCAUCGUAUGCUUUGUCUGAUGAUUGGCGCUGAUUCUGAUUCUAAUGGUCACAACGCUGACAUAGCCGAACUCAUCAAGUUGAAGGGAACAGCUUUUGUUAACACCGAAGCAUUUAACAUUAUCAUUGGUGCAUUGGUCCAGAAAGGUAAACUGGAUUCAGCUUUGAGCCUCUUUCGGGAUAUGGAUCAGGUUCGAUGUAGGCCGACCAUUAAGCUCUACAAUAGCUUAAUUGAGGGCCUCUGCAAUUCGAACAGACUGGACGAGGCCAGGGAGCUUCUGACAGAGAUGAAGGGCUCCUCAGGGCCUGACCCAACCCCAUUCACACAUAAUUGCAUAUUUGGAUGCCUCUGUAGGAGAGAGGAUGUUAUCGGAGCCCUGGAGAUGGUGAAGGAGAUGCGAAUGAAUGGGCAUGAGCCAUGGAUUAAGCACUCCAGUGAUCUCGUCAAACGGCUAUGCGACAAGGGAAGGGUGAGUGACGCGUGCAGUUUUCUAGAAGAUAUGGUCCAAGAAGGUUUUGUUCCCGACAUAGUGGCCUACUCCGCGGCAAUAAAUGGCCUUAUCCACGCCCACAAGGUGGAUCAGGCGGUGGAGCUGUUUCGGGACUUGCAGAGCCAAGGGCGUCGGCCCGAUGUGGUCGCGUAUAACAUCCUGAUCAAUGGCCUCUGCAAGGUGAAGCGAGCUCCGGAGGCGCAUGAUAUCUUCAAGGAGAUGCUGCAGGACAGGCUCGUCCCAUCAAUCAUCACAUAUAACUCAAUGAUUGAUGGUUGGUGCAAGAUCGGGGAUAUUGACAAAGCGCUGCUUUAUUUGUCCAAGAUGUCAUCUGAGGCACAAAAAAAAGACCCCAAUGUGAUCACCUACACAACUCUUAUCGCCGGACUGUGCAAUGCGAGGAGGCCUGGUGAGGCCCUGACAAUGUGGGAUGAGAUGAAAAAGAGAGGUUGUGAGCCUAACAAUAUCACCUUCAUGGCGAUGAUUAAUGGGCUCAGCAAGUGUGGGAGACCCGAGGAAGCCCGACUGUAUCUUAAGGAGAUGCUCGAGAAGGGGAUGAGGCCUGAAAUUUACGUGUAUGUGGGUUUACUCAACGCUUUCAUAUCGGAGCUGAAGUUUGAGGAGGCGUUUGAGGUCCUGAAGGAGUUGCUCGAAAAUGAAAGCUUCUCAGAGCACCGAGAUAAGGCAUACACAGCAGCUCUAAGGGAUGUGAUUGUCAACUUAGGUGAAGAUGAGAGGACUUCUUCGGGCAUCCGAGCUCUCAUAGCGGAUAGCCAAAUUCCGGCGCUGCUUGAUAUCUUGGACAAUCGAGUUCCGGCAGAUAUCUUGCACAAUCGAGUCCAAAAUGGAACGGGGGGCAUUCCUUGAUACGAGUAUUCACCUAGAAUAACCAUUCGGAGAUUAUGAUCAUAAAUUAUUCUUACUGCAGUUAAAAGUGUAUAUAUAUAUUUUUUGGUGGGGAUAGACACAAGUAAAUGUAACAAUUUCUCAAUCUCAAUGAAUAGAAGAUUUCCAGUUGACAUGA